UCUUUUUUUUUUUUGAACCAAAUCAUUCGCCUGCUUUCAGAUCUUCCCUCAAGAUGCCGUGGCUUAACCGAAAUCCAGGAUCCCGCCUCUCCUCCUCUCCGGCGCAAGUACGUCCAAAGCCCCGGAAUCUGGCCGCCGGCAGCGUCUUCCUCUGCUCCGGCUGGAUUCUGGAUCCAGAGAUUUAUCCGAUGUCAAUUUAUAAGGUACGCGGUUCCCCUUCCUUCGCCCCCUCAAUUUUUGGGUUGAUUGGAAUCAAUCUGAUACAUAUGAUUUGAAUUCGAAUUCUUAAUUUGCGAGCUGCCAUUAGAAUUUUGCCGUCCAUGGUCGACUCGGUUGUUUUCUCUUUGAGCCGUGGCCGUACUAAUUAAGUCAGCUGAUCCGUAAGUCGUUUUUUCUCUACCUAUUUAACCCACCAUUCAAAAAGGUGCCCUUAAUUAAUUAGAAAUCUUCAACAUGGAAAAUUAACAUAAUCUACAAACAUAAUUUUUUCUGUUUGAACUUUGAAGUUUUUUAAUAUCUCAAGAAUUUUAUUAGCUAUCGAGCUAUAAUUUUAUGCGCAUGUGCAAUUUUUCCCCCUUUAUAAGUUAUUAAUCGUUUGUGUUGGAGUGCGAAAAUGGUAUAAAUUACUAUAUCACUUAUUAUGUUGUAGACAUAGUUAUUUUUGUGUUGAGUGCCUAACUAGCUAUGUACAAUUAGACACCGCCUAAACAAAUUACAAACAUUAGAAAUUUAGAACAGAAUCUUAAUGUUCGUCUUACAAGUUACCCCUCGUAUCACUUUAAAACCAUCGUGUCAUUGGGAACGACAAUUGUUGUGUAUACUUACUCAGGUUAGGAAUCUCUGAAAUUGUAGUUGCUCAAGAGAUUCUGUUACUUAGAGGAAACUCGCAACGUAGUUGCUUUGGAACUAUUAUUAUUCUGGUCAACAAAUCAAUGGCAUGUUGGCCGUUGAAGCAUUCAAACGGCGAGUGCCAGGACCUGGCCGUGUGGGAAAUAGCUGUUGACGUGUAGUUGACUCACGGCUUCUGGAUUGAGACGCGGGCUUGGUUGGUCUCCUCCUUCCUCCCACACGAAAAACCUGUGGCUGAAUUCAAUUCCCCCGAUCCAACUAAUCUAAACCCGCCGCCCUUGUAGGACAUUUCUCAGUCACAUGAUAGAAUAAUCGGGUUCUGGGCUGGGCCCAUUUUAGUUGAACAGACCCAACCACUUGUUUUAUUUUAUUUUAUUUAUAUUUUUCCAUGGGCUUGCCUCGGAUUCUCUGGACACCCCGGUGGAUCCGCCAACUAAAAAAACAAAAAAAUAAUAAUUAAAUACGUUAUUCUUUAACGCAUAAGGUCACCCGCGGCUGUCAGUUUAUCAAAGCCCACUAAAAAGGCGGAGAAAUCAAAGACGUGUUCGAGAAGGUGGCUGGCUCCGAGUAGCCGACUUGGACCGACCAUAUCAACCACGUCAUCAUACACGUCCGAGUCUCAACUCCUAUGGCGACUCAGCUCCCGCCACGUGUCCCUCGACUCUCAAACGGCUAGUUUUUCUCCCGCCUGUCCGCCGAUAUUAAUUCUUUUAAAAAUUAACCGCCAAAGGAUAAACUCCACCUCGAAGCACACAAUCUUCUUUCGAGGAAAACUCCAGUAUUUUCUCGGCCCAGCCCACCACUGGCCCAGAUAUUUUUGUUAUUUAAUUUAAUUUAAUUAAUUGUUUCUGUUUAUUUUACUCCCUUUUUCCUUCUCAUUUCCCUCUUUCCUCAUUUCAACUUCCCCUCUCUGGUAUAUAAACCCCACAAAACCUCCGGUCACUUUUAAAAGGAACCCGGAAAAGAGAUUUAAUCACUUACCAUUUCCACUUCCGCUCAAGAAAAUUUAGGGUUUCCCGAAUCCUCCUAUUGAUUCAGUUCUCCCUUUCUUCGAUUCUGCCACCCGUCAGAUACUCAUUCACAAUCUAGUUGAAGGAUCUGUUCGAGAAAGACAAUAAUGGCAUUGGGAAGGAGAUGCAGCUCGAUGAACUGGUCGUCGUCCAGCUACUACGCCGCCUGCGGCGGCGGCGGCAAAGAGUGCCUUCCUUUCGAGUUCGCGAGGGUGAGGUCGUUUGGAAGGAAGAGGAUAGUCAUCUCGCAGAAUCUGGAGUGCUGCUGGGAUUCAGAGAUGAGUCCUCGGACUCCACUGAAGAGGCUCUGCAGCGAGCCGCUUGACGCAGUGAUGGCGGAGAUGGACGAGCAGCAGCAGCCUGAGGAGAAGUCUGUUCUCGAGAGCUUGCCGCAGGACGUUCUGAUUAAGGUGCUCUGUGGAGUGAACCACGAAGAUCUGAAGCAGCUCCUUCUCGUCUCCAAACCAAUCUCCGAAGCUGCUCAGAUUGCGAAGGAAACGCACUUUGCCUACAGCACACCGACGAAGGUCCGAGCGUUUCGAUCUCCGACAAUAGAUUACCACAGUGAGGUCGACGAGAUCGAAGCGCCUGGAGCUCCGUGCAGAGCAGCUCGCCGUUUCCCCAAGCCACGGCUGAGCGAGAAGGAGGUUUCUGACCUGUCGGCAGCACUCUUCUCAAUCGAUUCGCCGCCGAAGAGGAAUAAGAAGAAGGGAUUGUUCAUGGAUGUGGAGAUAUGAAACGGAAGAGAUAGUAGUAAUGUGUACAUAAUCACACUUCCAGUCUCUGUUUGUUUGUUUGUUGUAGAUACAGAGGCAAAAAGGUAGAAGAAGAGAGAAAGGUAGAACACGAGAUAGAAAGAACCCAUAGCGAGAGAGAGAGAGAGAGGCCAGAUGUGUGUGCAGAUUCCUUCCUUCUUCAACGUUUCCAAUUGAAGAUUUGAGCGUCUCUGUAUAUGUUAUUCGGCUUAGAAACAAACACUCUGUAAUCUAUUUACUUCGGGCAGCCUCUGCCCUUUUCUGCUUUGUGUUAAGUUCAUAAAAUUAUGAGAAAUCUGCUCUUUCGAUUCUCUUACGAGCUACGUAUAAUUUGAUUGAAACAUUGAAGUGAUGAUGACUGAGUGAAAUUGUUGUCUGUGGGUAGCUAGAUACUGUAAAUUCCAUAUCCUCUAAUCUAAAACGGAUAAUUUGUGCCAUAUGUGAUUGUUUUCUUUCAACAAAAUUUGCGUUAGUUUCGUUUGAUUAAGCAUUAAGAAAGUGGGGCAGACGUAUCCAAGCAAGAGGUGAGCUGUAAGACGGGUAAUUAUUUUUCGGAUCCAAUCGGGUUUCGGCGGAGGGGGAUCAAGCCGUAACAGUCUAAUUAAGGACAGUUCAGUUGUUCUCCCUUGCACGACGGGAUCGGUGGUAGAUUUCGGAUGGAAUGGAAGUUAAUUCGACGACGCUGCGUUGAAACUUGGCAGGAAAGGUAAACGGGAGGCUUUGAUUUAUGCCAUUUGAUGAUCAAGGCUCCUAAAAUAGAAUUGAUAACUUGCUUAUAUCUUAUUAAUAAUUUUGUUAUCGAAGUCAAAUUCGCUUUUGUUAUUACGAGUAUGCAACUUCAAAUUAUCGUACAUAAAGCAAGUACGAACGACUAGUUAAAAGUGUAACUAGGGAUGACAAUUUUAACCUAAUCCAUUUUAUCCAGCUUGUUUGAUAUGUAUUGGGGCGAAUAUUAGGGAAGGGGAGUACAUGAGUACACUACUCGACCUGACCUGACCAAUCCCAUUAUCUACCCGCUUUUCCCUAAAUUGCGUGUAGUUCGAUUCAAAUUACUUAUGAUUUUAAAUUUAUUACCUCAUAUUUUAGCUAUAUUGAAGUUGUAAAUAGGUGAAAACAUCAAUUUCUCAAAUAAUUUGAAUACAUAUAUUAUAUCCUAGUUUGUUCAUUGGUAUUUUAAUUAAAAAUUAAUAUUUUUAAUAUUUUACUUUUAAAUACAUAAUAAAUUACCUAACCUGUCAUGGAUGAGUGACUAUGGCAAAUUAUCUACUCGCCUUUUAACUCGAUAUUCGGAUAAUACGAUAAAAUUUUCAUUUCUACCAGACUUAGCUCUAGAUCUUGGCUUCUCUCAUGGAGUGGAUCCCUAUAAUGUGAUGAUCUGAAUCAGAUUGUCAAGGUCUCAGUCAGUCCAGGAGACUAAUUAUUAAUCAAUACUGUAAUACAUGAACCUUUGGAGCACAUUCAAGGCCGCUAAUUAAGUUUGGUAGGAUAUGGAAAUUGGAAAGGACAAAGUAACGCGCAGUGGAGAGGAAUGGAAAGGGAUCCAAUGAGAAUAAUCAGAUUUUCACAAA